UCAUAAAAAAUUUGUCAACAAAAAAAAACCCAAAAAAGACUCAAAGGAGAACUCAAUUUCUUUGGGUCGUCCCCAUAGUCGUUUCCGCGUUAAAUCCUUUUUCCCCUUUCUUCUUCGCAUUGAUUUGGUCCUUUUUUCUUCAAUCCAUUAAGAGAACCCCCAAAUCUUCAAUCUUCUUCUCCAACUUCAGUUCUCUCUCUCUCUCUCUCUCUCUCACCAAAAGGAAAGGUUUAUUAGGUUACCAAAAAGUUCCGUGAUUUUUUUUUUUUACAAUGUUUGGUUUGAGGAAAUCACCUGCAAAGCUUCCAAAGCAUAACUCUGUUGAUCUUGGAUAUCACAAGACUUCCAAGCCUAACCCUUUCGAUUCUGAUGACGAGUCAGACAACAAACACACCCUUAACCCUUCAAAGAGGACUACCUCUGAACCUUCUUCUUUGGCUGAUAUGACUAACCCUUUUGAUGGUGGGGAGGUUCAGAGAGGAGGUUCAUCAAAACAGUCGUUGGUUUCCAACUCUAGAUACCAGUACAAGAACAAUUUCCGCGAUUCUGGUGGUAUCGAUAACCAGUCUGUUCAGGAGCUUGAGGGUUAUGCUGUGUACAAGGCUGAAGAGACUACGAAAUCUGUUCAGGGUUGUUUGAAGGUUGCCGAGGAUAUUAGGUCAGAUGCUACCAGGACUUUGGUUAUGUUGCACGACCAGGGCGAGCAAAUCACUAGGACUCACCAUAAAGCUGUUGAAAUUGAUCAUGAUCUCAGUCGAGGUGAGAAGCUUCUUGGAAGCCUUGGAGGCAUGUUUUCAAAGACUUGGAAGCCAAAGAAGACUCGUCCUAUUAAUGGUCCCAUCAUAACCAGAGAUCACUCACCAACUAGAAGAGUGAACCACUUAGAGAAAAGGGAAAAACUGGGACUGAACCCAGCACCCAAGGGACAAUCAAGAACCCGAGAACCGCUCCCCGAAUCAGCUGAUGCCUAUCAGAGAGUGGAGAUGGAAAAAGCUAAGCAAGACGACGGUCUUUCAGACUUGAGUGAUAUACUCGGUGAGCUAAAGAACAUGGCUGUUGACAUGGGAAGUGAGAUCGAGAAACAGAACAAAGGACUUGACCAUCUUCAUGAUGAUGUUGACGAACUAAACUUCAGAGUGCAACAAUCAAAUCAACGCGGCCGUCGUUUGCUUGGAAAAUAGAUGAGCAUAGUUAUAUGUUCAUUACACUCAUUCCUCUCUUGUUUUUUUUUUUUUGGUAGAACUCAUUCCUCUCUUGUUUGAUCUGUGACUUUGUUCUUUUAACCUGAAAAGGUUCUUAUCAUGUUAUAUACAUUACUGCCUGUGUUUGUAAUUGAUCUUAUUGCAGAAAACAAAACAAAAAACUUAUUGUUCAAACAGAAGCAAUUUUGCUAUC